AAAAGAAACGCCACCACCACAGAACCAGUGAACCACAAGCCUCUCAGUCGCAGAGCAGGAAGGGGGCGGCAGGGAAGAAACGGACAUGGCGGCCGGCGGCGAGACCAUGAUGACGAGGGAGCAGCUGCUCCACCUCUUCUCCCGCUUCUCCUUCCUCACCUCCCUCCCUGAGGUUAAGCAGCGGAUUGCCGACGCCGUCAGGGACAAGCAGGAGGCUGUGGCCGUGACCACUGAGAUACAAGAGGAGAUCCUUCGCGAGAUGGGCAUAGAUCCAAGUUUUGGUAUUGGUUGCCUAGGUAAGGUCAACGUUGUUUACGAAAAUGACAAGGACUUGAUGAUUAAAUUCUAUCAAUUUGUUGCCAAAGAAGAGAUGGCUAUUGAUGAAGCUGAGCUUGGACCUAGAGAAAUGGCUGAAAAACUACAUGCUCAACGAAUAUUACAAGAACAGCAACUGAACAUGCUAGUUGAAAUGAGGAAAUAUAGCCCAGAGAGCCAAUCUGUCAUACUUGGGACUUUGCGCAAACAAUUGGAGGAAGCAAAUUUUGACAUCAAUGCAUCGAUCUUGAGUCCAGAUCAAAUUCAAGAGAUCAUUCAGAAAUGAUACCAUUUCCCAACAGAUGAGAUUAGUAGUACCAGCCUUGUGCGUUGAUGCGGUGCUGUGCAUCUACCUUUGUAACUGCAAGAAAGAUGACCAGCCUUGUCUAUUUGAUAUCUGGUGAUUGUAAAAUGCAUCUUGAGAGGUGUAAUUGUUACAAGCAACCUUGCAAAACAUACUGAUUUUUCAAAGAUAGUUCUCGGGGAUGUAAAACAUCCGGACUUUGCUAUAGUUCUUAGGGAUACUUAAGCCUUUGGGAAUAACACAAAUAUCAGAGGUCAAUAGAAGUGUUCAUCUUCAUUUAUGUGAA